AUGAACGCUUGGUCGCUCUUGCUUGGUCUAGUGUUGAUCUUUUGCGGUAUCUGUUUGGCCUGCCGCGAUGAUUCACAAUGCGUGAAUGGCAUAUGUUGCUCAGGAUAUUGCUUUUGGGAUGUUCAGUGCCCACGAGUGUGUUUGAAAGACGCGGAUUGUCCUCGUGGCGAGGAAUGUAUAGAUUCGCUUUGUGGUCGACCAACACAGCCCACCAAGACUACAUUUUACUCUCUUACUGACAUCGUCUUCACUGAAAAACCGUAUACACCUCCUUAUGUAUCGAAUAGUUACAACAACAAGAACAACCAGAACUGUGUUUGGGAUGGUAAUUGCGUAGGAAGUGAAGCCUGUCAAGAAGGAAAAUGUGUUCUCGUCGACAAUCUCGAAUCUACAGGAAAACGAAAGGGAAACAGGGGACUUAUCAUAACUAUAAUCGUUUUUGGAGUAGUAGCGACAAUUAUUUCAAUUCUAUAUUUCUUGCGGGAAAGGAAAGUCAAGCGGCAAUUGCUCUUGCCUCGAGGCGGUCGAAGGGUAGUCAAUACAGAGGGUGCAAAAAUAAAUGGAGCAUCUCAUCGAGCGGAAAUUAACACUGCAACGGCAGCUUGUAAUAGUGCGGCUGUUAUUGAGAUAGAAGGAAUUACAGCUACUCAGCAACCACUUUUCCCUCCAUCGUGUAGUUCAAUGAAAUUUGAGAGACACUUAGACGGACAUGAGGAAAACAAUGAGACACCAAGAUAA